CGAACUCACCCGACCCACUUCAAGUUGAAAAUAUUGUUUAGAUAUCUGACAUUACACACGCCCUAAACUACAGCACCAAGAAACCUGCAGAGACACAGAGAAAGCAUAAACUGAAAAGGAGAUAAUUGUUAGUAGUUUUAGUUAUUGAAAACAUGAAGAAAUUUAUAGCUUUAGGGUUUGAAGGUUCAGCAAACAAGAUUGGAGUUGGUGUAGUAACCUUAGAUGGUACAAUUUUAUCAAACCCUAGGCACACUUACAUUACUCCACCGGGUCAAGGUUUCUUACCCCGUGAAACUGCUCAGCAUCACUUACAACAUGUGCUUCCACUGGUUAAAUCUGCUUUAGAAACUGCCCAGUUAACUCCUGAUGACAUUGAUUGCCUUUGUUACACUAAGGGACCCGGCAUGGGAGCACCUUUGCAAGUUGCGGCCAUUGUUAUUCGGGUUCUUUCGCAGCUUUGGAAGAAGCCCGUUGUUGCGGUUAAUCACUGUGUUGCUCAUAUUGAGAUGGGGAGGAUUGUUACAGGAGCUGAUGAUCCUGUUGUGUUGUAUGUUAGUGGGGGGAAUACUCAGGUUAUUGCGUAUAGUGAAGGGCGGUAUCGAAUCUUUGGAGAAACUAUUGAUAUUGCUGUUGGGAAUUGCUUGGAUCGGUUUGCUAGAGUUUUGAAUCUCUCUAAUGAUCCAGCUCCUGGUUAUAACAUUGAGCAGCUUGCAAAGAAAGGAGAGCUAUUUAUUGAACUCCCAUAUGUUGUCAAAGGGAUGGACGUUUCUUUUAGUGGAAUACUUAGCUUUAUUGAAACCACUGCAGAGGAGAAGCUUAAAAAUAAUGAGUGCACUCCUGCAGACUUGUGCUACUCCUUACAGGAAACAGUGUUUGCUAUGCUUGUAGAGAUCACAGAGAGGGCAAUGGCACAUUGUGACAAGAAAGAUGUUCUUAUUGUUGGUGGUGUUGGCUGCAAUGAGCGCUUGCAGGAGAUGAUGAGAAUAAUGUGCGCUGAGAGGGGUGGUGUGCUGUAUGCAACUGAUGACAGAUAUUGCAUUGACAAUGGUGCAAUGAUUGCAUAUACUGGUCUUCUGGCCUUUGCUCAAGGUGAAACAACUUCUCUAGAAGAAUCAACUUUCACCCAGAGGUUCAGAACCGAUGAAGUCCAUGCAAUCUGGAGAGAGAAAGAGGAAUCAACCAAUGUUAACUGAAGUAACAUGUAGAGCCUAGGCUGUGUAACUUGAAGGCCUGAGGUAUGUGUAGCUGAUGAUCAUUGGAGAUCAACAUAUUCCGUUGUGCGCCGUAGAAAAGGCGAUCAUGACGAGAGGUGAAAAUCAAUUAGUGUAUUGUGUGGAAGCUAGAUUUGAAAGAUAAAGUUUUAGAAUUGAGAUAACAAAGCACAUUGCUGACAUUAAUUUUAAGUGAUAUGUAUUCUCUUGUGUCUA